AUGUGCGUUUGUGGAUGUGGACACGUAUUCCCGAUGUAAUUUUAUUAAAUUUCAUAAUAAUAAAGCAAUUUUUGCUAAAAUCUUGUUAAAGAUUAAAUUAAUUGUUCGGCCUGUAACAUUUUUUGUUUAUUCAAGUAUCGCUAAAGUGUAUAAUUGAAGCACCAUGGGGGAGCAACCUUGUUAUACAUUGAUCAACUUUCCCACUGACUCAGAGCCUCAUAAUGAAAUGCAACUCAAACUUGAUUUAGAAAAAGGAGACAUUAAAAAAAAGAUUGAAGCAUUGAAAAAGGUCAUCAGUAUUAUCCUCUCUGGUGAGAAGAUCCCUGGUCUGCUGAUGAUCAUCAUCAGGUUUGUGCUGCCGCUGCAGGACCACACCAUCAAGAAGUUGCUGCUUAUCUUCUGGGAGAUUGUGCCCAAGACAACCCCUGACGGGAAGCUCAUGCAGGAAAUGAUUUUAGUCUGUGAUGCUUAUAGAAAGGAUUUGCAACACCCAAAUGAGUUUCUCCGUGGCUCAACCCUGCGCUUCCUGUGCAAGCUGAAAGAGCCUGAACUGCUUGAGCCUCUAAUGCCUGCCAUCCGCGCGUGCCUUGAUCACAGGCACUCAUAUGUCAGGAGGAAUGCUGUGCUGGCAAUCUUUACUAUUUAUCGCAACUUUGAGUUCCUGAUUCCGGAUGCACCGGAGCUGGUGGGCACUUUCCUUGAAGGCGAGCAGGACAUGUCGUGCAAACGGAACGCAUUCCUGAUGCUGCUGCAUGCGGACCAGGAGCGCGCGCUGUCCUACCUGGCGGAGCGGCUCGACAAUGUGCAUGCCUUCGGGGACAUCCUGCAGCUGGUCAUUGUGGAGCUCAUCUACAAGGUGUGUCACGCCAACCCGUCGGAGCGCUCGCGCUUCAUCCGCACGGUGUACGGGCUGCUGAACGCGCCGAGCGCCGCCGUGCGCUACGAGGCGGCCGGCACGCUCGUCACGCUGUCCUGCGCGCCCGCCGCCAUCAAGGCAGCAGCGGCGUGCUACAUCGACCUGAUCGUGAAGGAGAGCGACAACAACGUGAAGCUGAUCGUGGUGGGCAAGCUGAGCGGCCUGCGCGCGGCGGGCGGCGAGGCGGGCGCGCGCGCGCUGCCCGACCUGGCCAUGGACGUGCUGCGCGUGCUGGCCGCCUCCGACCUGGACGUGCGCCGCCACACGCUGCACCUCGCGUUGGAGCUGCUGACGGCGCGGCACGCGGAGGAGCUGGUGAGCACGCUGCGCAAGGAGGCGGCGCGCGCGCAGCUCGCUGACCACGACGACGCGCACAAGUACCGCCAGCUGCUCGUGCGCGCCAUGCAUCGCGCCGCGCUCAAGUUCCCCGAGGUGGCGAGCUCGGUGUCGCCGGCGCUGCUGGAGCUGCUGGGCGACGGCAGCGAGGUGGCGGCGCAGGACGUGCUCACGUACCUGCGCCACGCGCUGCACGCCUUCCCCGACCAGCGGCCCAAGGUCUACGCGAAACUCCUGGAGUGCAUCAGUAGCUUAAGUGUGGGUAAGAUCGUGCGCUCGGCGCUGUGGCUGCUGGCUGAGUUCGCGGACACGGCGGAGAGCGCGCGCGCCGCGCUCGACGUGCUCGCCGCCGCCAUGCCCGCCGCCGCGCCCACGGACGACAGCGAGCCGAAAGCAGAGAAGAAGGAAAGUGAGAAAGAAGUUCCGAAAGAGAAAGAAGCGCCGGCGAGACAGCUGGUCACGAGCGAUGGAGCUUAUGCUACGCAGUCUGCCUUCAACUUGCCCAAGGUAACGACAGACAACAACACAAACGGUCUCAGCAGCGCCUUGCGCGAUGGAGAAAGUUUCACGGCGGCGUGCGCGUGCUCCGCGCUUGCCAAACUUGCUCUGCGGGUCGGCGACCCGGAGCAGGCCAACCGCGCCCUGCACCUGGCCGCCUCCCUGUUAGCGUACCACAAGCAGAAUGCGGGCACCGCCCCCAACAGCGGGCUCACCGCCGACGACAUGGAGCACGGCGCCACCUGCGUGCGCGCCGCCGCCGCGCGCCCCCCCGUCAUCCGCGAUGCGCUGCUCGGCGGCUCGCGGCGCGCGCUGGCGGCGCUGCUGGCGCUGCCCGACCGCGCCGCGCCCUCGCUGCUGCCCGAGGCUGAGCAACAGCAGGCGCGCACGGAGCGCGAGGCGCGCAGCGCGCGGCGCGUGGAGGUGGAGACGGGCAUCAACUUCGCCGCGCUGGCGGGCGCCGCCGCCGCCGCGCACCACGACGUGUUCGAGCUGUCGCUCAACAAGGCGCUGCAAGGACGUCCGACCGGCUCGGAGGAGCGCGGCAAGCUGUCGAAGGUGACGCAGCUGACCGGCUUCUCGGACCCGGUGUACGCCGAGGCGAUCGUCGCCGUCAACCAGUACGACAUCGUGCUGGACGUGCUCGUCGUCAAUCAGACCGACGAUACGCUUCAGAACUGCACAGUGGAGCUGGCCACACUGGGCGAGCUGCGGCUGGUGGAGCGGCCGGCCGGCGUGGUGCUGGCGCCGCGCGACUUCGCCACCAUCCGCGCGCACGUCAAGGUGGCCUCCACCGAGAACGGCAUCAUCUUUGGCAACAUCGUGUACGAGGUGAGCGGCGCGUCCAUGGACCGCGGCGUGGUGGUACUCAACGACAUCCACAUCGACAUCGUGGACUACAUCCAGCCCGCCGCCUGCAGCGACGCCGACUUCCGCCACAUGUGGGCCGAGUUCGAGUGGGAGAACAAGGUGUCGGUGAACACGAACAUCACCGACCUGCGCGAGUACCUGCAGCACCUGCUCGCCUCCACCAACAUGAAGUGCCUCACGCCCGACAAGGCGCUCUCCGGACAAUGCGGUUUCAUGGCGGCCAACCUGUACGCGCGCUCCAUAUUCGGCGAGGACGCGCUCGCCAACCUCAGCAUCGAGACGCCGCUGCACCGCGCCAACGCGCCCGUCGUCGGCCACGUGCGCAUCCGCGCCAAGACGCAGGGCAUGGCUCUGAGCCUGGGCGACAAGAUCAACAUGAUGCACAAGUCGGCGCCGCAGAAGGCGCCGGAGCCCGUGAGCGCCGCCGCCUGAAGCCGGCCCGCUGCAGCGGCGGACCCGGGGUGUCACGUAAAAAGAGCGCUGAGCGACCUGCGCUGAGCCAAAACUUGCACACUUCUUGAAUUGGCAGGUUUUUACACACUCUUUCGAAUCAUUACAUUUAUUGAUAUAACUAAUUAUUAGAAAUGUUAAUUUCAUUUGAUGUAUAAAUAAAUUAUUAUUUUAAAUAAAUAUCAAAAUAUCAUUUAUUUGAUUUGAGUAGUUUGAAAUACUACGACAACUUGGGUGAUAGUUUUUGUUCUAUACCCGGGCCGUACGUUUUUGUCAGUAGAGUGGUGAUUUGCCACAGCUAAUUCAAUUUAAAAAUGUACCUGUUUAUAAAAAAAUAUCAGAGCUAAGAACCGAGCUCAGUCUCCCGGUUCCAUCGCAUGUAUUCGAGUUGAAGCCAAAAUGUUAUAAAUUAUUUAAUAAUUAAUAUUAUUCAUGAAUUUUGUAAAUGACAACUGUACCUGUCAAAAUUACUGUAUGUUUUUUUUCCUGGAAGUAUUGUAAGAUGCAUUAACAUUCAAUUGCGCAGAUCGACUGUCAGCGUUCUUUUUAUAUGGCAGGUUCUAUACCUACAUUAUUAGUUAUAUGUUCAUCUAAUUAGUAAACUACAUAUUUUAUAGAUUACAAUUAAUAAUUUUUAAAUAUAAUUUUGAAAUUCCUAAGUCCGGAAUUGUCAUAUAUAUCCAACAGACAUGAUGAUUAUGUUGUAUGUAUGAUUUUAUAUAGUGAUUAUUAAAAUAUAUUUCUUGGUUAAUA